AUGGCGGAAUCGGAAGCCCGUGUCCAAAACUAUAACUAUAGGGAAUCAAUAUCCAAUUUUAAUACAUACCAACGGAUGAGCACAGAUUAUUGCGUUAUAAUUCCAUGGCAGCUAAAAUUCAAGAAUGCAUUCGAGUCAUCAAACCUCCACCAUCUUGUCGGGCCCCGCUCGGACGCUGAAGAACGUGAAGUUAUUAUUACAGUUUCUCGUCCUCUCUCCCAUGCUGUUUUGUCGUCCAAGCAAAUUUACAUCCCAGGUCCCUUGCCCGCAAAUCAGGGUGGCGACCCCAUUCAUGAGUAUCGUGUUGGUAUUGGCAAUCGACAAGAAUCCUCUCCCAAGUCCAUCGAAAAUCUACCAUAUCAGUCCUUGACUACCUAUUACACCCGUUAUAGUAACUAUGCGCUGACCGCAGAACAGUUCGAAACCAUGUGGCAGUUCGAUCACUUUGCAAAACGGCAAAAUUAG